GUCACGAAUGCGGACAAGGGAGUUAUCGACGUGGAGUCGAUGCACAGGCGCAUUGAGAAGGCGGUGCAAAGAGGCAACCAAGUGCUCGCGAGCGGGGCCAUGCUGUUCCAGCAAAAGGCAGAGAUGUUUCCGGGAAGCAGCUUCGUAGUUGGCUUCGACACCUACAGGCGCAUACUCGAUGCGAAGUACUACGCUCCAGCAGGCUGCUUGGAUGGAAGCUCUCCCGUCCAGCAACGAGAAUGGACUUUGAAUGCCUUGCGGCAGCUGCACAGCUGCCGAGUACAGUUCGUAGUUGCUGGUCGCAUGGAUAGUGGCGACUUCAAGACGAUAGUCACGCAUCCGAUCAUGGACCUGCCGCAGGACUUGGCCGGCAUGUUUCGAGAGUUACCAGAUUUCCGCAAUGACAUUUCAUCCACAGCGCUGAGACAAAAAUCGCUGGACACCGUUCCAGUGCUCUAG